AUGUCGAAGAGAGCGGCAGGUCCGACGGCUAAAGCCGCGGCGCAAAUCGUCAAGCUGAUUGUUCCAGCUGGAAAAGCUACUGCUCAACCUCCCGUUGGACCUGCUUUGGGAGCUAAGGGAGUCAAGGCGAUGGACUUUGCAAAGGAGUUCAACGCAAGAACAGCACAUUUGGAUCCCGGUCUGCCUACGCCCGCACUCAUCACCAUCCAGCCCGAUCGAUCUUUCACUUUCGAACUACGGAGU